AUGGGUCGCAAAAAAGCGACCGAAUACGUUUGCGAGGCCGUUGCUCGAAUCGACCGCGAUGCCCGGAAGAUCAAGACCGUCGUAAAGACAACUACGAGCCGCGUCUUGCGUCCCUUUCGAUCCGAGGGAAUCGUUUCCUCAGCAGCCCGGCUAUCGCUCCGAGAUCGUCCGUCGACUAGCGCACCAUCGGGCUCAAGUGAAGGCUCGACAAGCUCAUCUCCGCCUCGAACGCGACGCGCUUCAACUGGCGCAAUUUCUCGCAAGAAAAGUGCCCUUGACGUCGUUUCGGAUGUCGUUGACACUGCGUCCAAAUUUCUGUCAAAUCAGAAUUUGGUAACAGUUGGCGCCCGGAUCAAAGAUGUCGAACUUCACGCCAGCUAUGCGACUCGUCCGACUUUUCCUGCACCUCUUCCGCCUUAUUUCAGCCCCUACCAGUACCCGUACCCGUCUUCGCGUCCCACUUCGGCACCUCCUUCUCCGCCUGACUCUCGUGCUCGUUCUCUGCAGAGUUCUCCCAUUUACCCACCCGCUUACCACACCCUUUCUCAUACGAGUUCUUUUUCGAGUUCCCUGCUCUACUCGGCCGAUCAGCCCAUCUACGGAUCUCGUGGCCGCCAAAACGUAGACCCGCCAAUCGAAAGGCCAACUCGACGACGAAGUCAGGGCCACCCCCGAAUUCCUCUCUACCAGCAGCGGCUGCGACGAAACGACUCGCCAGCACGCCGUGAGCAGCCUCGGCGCCAGCAGCCCCAGCGCCAGCAGCCUCUGCGCCAACAACCUCUGCGCCAACAACCCCAGCGUCAGCAACGCGAGCAGCCACAGCGACAGCAGCCCCAGCGCCAGCAGCCACAGCGCCAACAGCCCGAACGCCAGCAACGCCAACAGCCCCAACGCCAGCAGCCACAGCGCCAGCAACGCGAGCAACGCCAGCCUUCUCCAGCUCGACAAGCGUCUCCAGAGCCAGCUCGACAACCGUCUCGACAACCGUCUCGACAACCGUCUCGACAACCGUCUCCGCAGCCCGCUUCCCCGCUCCCUCGACAACCGUCUCCGAAUACAGCGCCGACUACAGCUCCAGCGCCGACUCGAGCGCUCACUGGUGCCGAGCGGUAUCCAAACGUGGCUCGCUGGCUCGACUCGCAAGAGGAUCCCGAGCCCGACUUGGUCCCAAUCAAUUCCGUCAAGCGAUGGAGCAUCGCUUCUAACCUCAACUCGAUUGUCGAUGACAAUCUGAGCGCAGAGGGCCUCACCGGAUGUCUCAAGGGCACAAAGCUGGCCAAGUUGCUCAAGGGGCUCCCAAUCACCGACAAGCCGGUCCACGUCUUCAACUGGCUUCAGCUCGGCGCCUUCUUCCCCAAAUUCAAAGUCGUCGACGGAUACUUGACGAUUUCGUCGCUGCGAAUCUGGGCAAGCUGGUCAUUGCUCAACGUUGAAGACGCCAUCAACUCGCAAACCGCCCCCAAAAUCUACAAGCACGUGACGACUGCUCCGUUGGUGGCUCAUCCCUGGCCCGACUGGCAAAUCGACGAUCUCGCCAACGUCAAGGCGGCCUAUUUGCUCGUCGCCGGCUUCAUUCCCUGCGCCACCAUUCCCGAAUACGACCCGGGAGCCAUUCGAUGGAAUCAAAUGGAGUGCCGAAUGUCUGGCACUAUCAAGCCGAUCCAAAAGAAGCUCCUCCGCUACAAUUUGGAGCUCAAGCUCUAUCAGAGCGCCAUCAGCGAAAACGAAGAGCAAAUCCGCUCUUCGAAAGAAAACAACGACCCUUCCGGUGAGCGAGAGCGCUUCAAAACGCUCUUUAAAGUUCUCCGCGGCCGCGACGCUCGCUCCGUCAACGAAGUACGCCGAAUCGACGAGCCCAUCUUGUGGGCCAUUGGCAGCACCGCCCGCUCUUUUGAACACCUCGUCGGCUGGCUCCCAAAGCGCGCAAUGGCGCAAAAUCUUCUCGCCGCAAAUGCUGCUUCUCGACCCACCGAGUCCGACGCCUUUUGCACUUUGAAUUAUGCUCGUUUGGUUGAUCUUGGCGGCGAGCUUGAGCUCACAAGAGAUGACAAGCGAAGAGCACCGACGAUACUGCAGCCGCUUCCCCUCGUCAACUAUUCCGCCAACGCUCGAGCCGCCGACGACCGAGCCUUCAACGCCCGAGCCGUCUCCACCACCACCACCAACGCUGGAGCCGUCUCCACCGCCAACUCCAGAGCCAAAGUCGUCCAAGGCCUCUUCUCCGUCCAAGCCGACUCCUCCAACUCCCGAGCCAACGUCAACGGUCAAGACAACAUCCAUGUCAACUUUGCCGGUCGAGACAACUUUUGCCGAGAUCCCAACGAGCAGCAAUCAAACGGACUCGCCAAGCCCUACGUCGCCGAGCUCUACGUCGACGAGCCCUGCGCCACCGAGCCCUACGUCGGGACGCUCUUGUUAAUUAUCGGCCUCGCUUUCUCCUUUUUGGUGGUAUUGAUCGUUCUUGGAAUGCAUUGCCGGCUGGUGCGCUCACGGUACGAAACAAUUCCCAUGGAAGAAGUCGAUGCCGAAGGUGAGGACCCCUAUGAGCUCAGAAGAGACUUUGAAUAUUUUGCAGCUCUUGAUGCAGAGAGGACAAACAGAGCCACCAACCGUCGAGCGGAAGAAGAGGAAAUUGCUGCAACACGUGCUGCUGCAGAAAAUGCCGCUGCUGCUGCCGCUGCUUCAAACCAGCCAGGAACCUCCGCGGCGACCUCGUCAGAAAGUCAGCCAACCACGUCAACGACCUCGCCAGGAAUCUCCUCGGCGACCUCGUCAACGACCUUGUCAGGAAAUCCGCCGACAAAUUCUCCACAGCUGUCCGAAGAGUCCUUUUCAAUCGAGACCGAAAUUUCAAAUUUCGAGAGCUCGCGAACGCCGCCCGAAAAUCGAAGCUCUGCGCUCCAAGCGAAAACGCCGCAACAAACAAUGGAGCAAUAUCUCGCCAGCCUUCCGCCCGAUGUUGUCGAGCACAUUGACAAGUACGAGUCCCUCAAAGCCCGAUUUGAUGUCCAGUCGCCGAUUACAAAGAAGCUGGCAAAGAUUACGGUGCCGCUGAAAAAGCUGAUGGAUGCGCCGGCAAAAUUUGGGAUUUUGCGACGACAGCUCUUUGUGGAAACGCCGUUUUCAACGCCAGUCGCUUCGCCUGCUCCCUCGGCGACUCCGUCGGCGACUUCAUCGCCAGAAUUUGUCUCGGCACUUCAGUCGCCGAUCGCAUCGCCCGCUCGUCCAAAUUUGUCGCUGCUCUCCGAGGAAGGAAACGACUACUGGAAGAACGAGUAUUGGAGCAACUCGCCAGUCGCCAAGGUUUCACCGUUUAGCGUUGUCGAGCCAAAGCAGGAGCCGACGACGGAGCCAAAGCUGGAGACAAAGCUGGAGCCAAAGCUGGAGCCGCAGCCAAAGCCAAAGACGGAGCCAAAGACGGAGCCAGAGACGGAGCCAAAGCUGGAGCCAAAGACGGAGCCAGAGACGGAGCCAGAGACGGAGCCAACGACGGUGCCAAAGACGGAGCCAACGACGGAGCCAAAGCACACUUACGCCGCCACCGAAUACGAAUACGACUGGCGAUUCGGCUGGCAAUAUGAUGAUGGGCAAUUUGUGCCGAAAAAAGAAGAACCCAAAGUCGAAGGCGGCGUCUUUUACCGCGAAAUGGAAAAGCUUUUGGAUGAAUUCGACGGGCCCAACGAUCAAGAAUUCACCUUUAUCGAUGGGCUGGUUGCCUUUGGAAACUAUAUUUCAAAGCGAACUCAAGCUGCCACCACCGCCAACUCCUCCACCGCCUGA